AUGCUCAGCGUCAGCGGCCUCAGUGAGCGACAUCUGAUGCCCUUGUUAUCACCUUCGUCUGCAUUAUUACAAUUGGAACUAUAUGCCGGACAACAACUUCUUGAACACACACUAGUUGACAAAGUACAAGCGGGUGUUGAUCUUAUAUGUACUGCUUCAAAACUAUUCGAAGCUCCUGCACAUGAAAAGCAAAAUUUAAUCGUCUGUCAAACCGAACUCUCACAGGAUCACAAUGCAGUGCCAUUAUUACUGCAAACUAGUGAACCUACUUUGCACUCCGUUUCCAAAGUCCUCUCGAAGGGCAUAAUACCAGCGGUAGUCAAUCCGGUCUCUUCGAUUGAAGGCUCAGCACUCGCAGUGAUGAUGGACAGAGGACGUCGCCGAAGCCAUAGAAUGGAUCUGGUUCUGACAAACGUGGUACUGAAGCUGUACUCUCUGCGAGAAGAAAAUGAAAUCAUCCUUGCCAAUUUGGAAAAUUCAAUCCGUUUGUUGUUGCAAUUGAAUUCGACAUUAUCAGUUCCGGAAUCCGACGCUGGGCGCGUUGUUCAAGAUGGCAACGUCACUAUCACCUCAGUGGAGGCAUCGCUAACCAGUGAAGCAUUACCAGAUAAUCUAUUGGAGGGGUCUACUAGACAGAAGUACCGGCAGCAGACCAUUUACACCAAACGAGAUCUGAAAGAAAACGGAACUCCGUUUUGCAGACCAAAUGAUUCAAUUAUCCAAACUACUAACGAAUGUACUACGAAAAUGACUAUUCCCUGUGCGGAAAAGGGUCAAGUUCAUGAGUAUAAUAGCGAUUACUUAAGCUCACCGUGUUCCACGCGUGAUCCGUUAGAUUCCUACUUGGAUAGAGGUGGCUCUCUUACGUCGGAUACACUGGCAGGUAUUUCAAACGAUCACAGCUUCCCUGAGAGCAACUGA